AUGCCCGAGGACGAGAAGAUGGAGGUCGAGGGGGAGCAGAAUGACGCCCAGGCAAAGCACAAGGCCGGGAAGAAGAAGCGCUUCGAGAUCAAGAAGUGGAACGCCGUCGCGAUGUGGUCCUGGGCCAUCUGCACCGACACCUGCGCCAUCUGCCGCAACAACCUCUACGAGCCCUCCAUCGAGUACCAGGCCGCGCCAACGGGCGACUCCGAGGCGCCCGGCCUGUCGAUCGCCUGGGGCUCGUGCGGCCACGUGUUCCACCUGGACUGCAUCCAGAGGUGGCUGAAGACGCGCAGCGUGUGCCCGCUGUGCAACAAGGAGUGGGACUACUCGAAGAUCGAGAAGAUCCUCGCGGGCUCCGGGAACAUCGACUAA